AUGCGUUCUGCUGCAGUUUACUCUCUGGAGAAGCUGAGAGAGGAAAUGGAUCAGGCUAAGAGAGAGCAGCACUCUCUACAGCUCAAUUAUAUAAGCCACAGUGUGUCUGAUCUGGAGAGGGACGAGAUGGACAGGAUGCUGGAUAAUGCCAAAUCUGAACUGUUCUCAGAACGUUUCAGAUACACAAUGGAAUCUAUGAAGGAGAGGCUGGAUGAGGUGAAUCAGGCAUUGGAGCAGAGAGAAGAGAACUGUAGGGCUCUCCGACAGAAAUGCAGUGACCUGGAGGAGCAGUUGGUUGAUACAAUCAGAGAAAGAGAACAAAUAAAAGAGUCUUCAGAAGAAGAGCAAAAGCAGCAGGCGAACCGGUUUGGAGCACUGGAGCAAAUCUUUGCCCAGAGAGAGCUUCUUCUGCAGGUGAUGGAGGAGGAAAAGAAAGCCCUUCAUCUGGAGCUCUGCUCACUUCGAGAGGAACACAGCUUACAGCUGUAA